GCAAGUAUGCUGAGGAUAUUUGGAGCAAAAGGGAACAAUUUGAACAAUAUAACAUUCUUCCACUGAAUGCUACUUGUGCUAAAUCAGCAAUUAUGGAACUUCCUGAGAUCAAAGCUGCACUUUAUGCUCUCCGAAAUGUGCAAAAGCUUCCCAGGUGUAGAGUUCAUUCAACACCCAAAGGUCCUGGUGCCUUGCCUGAUGAGAGGGAUAAACCUGUUGUCGACAUACUUGAUUGGCUUUCUCAAAUUUUUGGGUUUCAGAAAGCUAAUGUAGCAAACCAGAGGGAGCACCUUAUACUGCUGCUUGCCAAUAUGGAUGUCAGGAAUAAGAAUCUUGAAAACUACACCCUGAUGAGUAGUGGCUCUGUAGCGAAGUUAAUGGACAAAAUUUUCAAGAAUUAUUGGUCAUGGUGUAAUUAUUUGCGUUGUGAAUCAAAUACUAGGAUUUGCCUAGGUUCUGACACGCAGCAGCUACAGCUCAUCUACAUUGGGCUUUUUCUUCUCAUUUGGGGUGAAGCUUCAAAUAUUCGAUUUAUGCCCGAAUGUAUUUGCUACAUUUUCCAUAAUAUGGCAAAUGCGGUUUAUAAAAUUCUAUUUAGCGAUAAAGACACAGAUCAAAUAGGUGUACGUGAUGAAGAAUCAUUUUUGCACGAUGUUAUAAUUCCUAUCUAUGAGGUCUUGCGGAAGGAAGCUAGGAGAAACAAAGGUGGAAAGGCAAGCCAUUCAAAAUGGAGGAAUUAUGAUGAUCUAAAUGAGUACUUUUGGUCUGAAAAGUGUUUUGGUCUAAAAUGGCCAAUGGACCUCGAAGCAGACUUUUUUGUACAUUCUGAUCAAAUAUUACGUGCAAAUGAGAUGGGUAGCCAAGUCCCCAUUGGAAAAAGGAAGCCUAAAACUAAUUUUGUUGAAGCCCGCACAUUUUGGCACCUUUAUAGAAGUUUUGACCGAAUGUGGAUAUUCUUUAUCAUGGCUUUCCAGGCUAUGCUAAUUGUUGCAUGGAGUCCUUCUGGAUCUCUAGCUGCUUUAUUUGACGAGGAUGUAUUCAGAAGUGUUCUGAGUAUAUUCAUUACUCAAGCUUUUCUUAAUUUUCUGCAAGCUGCUUUGGAUAUAAUUCUCAGUUAUAAUGCCUGGAUGAGCUUCACAUUUACUGAGAUACUAUGGUAUCUUCUGAAAUUUGCAGUAGCUACUGUGUGGAUGGUGGUUCUGCUGAUUAGUUAUGCCAGUUCCAUGCAGAAUCCAACUAUACUUGUGAAAAUUUUCAGCAAUUGGGCUGGGGGUUGGCUGAACUGGUCAUUUUAUAAUUAUGCUGUGGCAAUUUAUUUGGUACCCAAUUUAUUGGCUUUCAUAAUUUUUUUUGUCCCAUCUUUGGGGAGAACUAUGGAGCGUUUGAACUGGCGUAUCAUCACACUUCUUACCUGGUGGGCGCAGCCAAAACUGUAUGUAGGAAGAGGCAUGCAUGAGAACAUGUUCUCACUUCUGAAGUAUACAUUAUUUUGGACCAUUCUGCUGAUCAGUAAGCUAGCAUUCAGCUAUUAUGUGGAGAUACUGCCACUAGUUAGACCCACUAAGUUGAUUAUGGAGAUGCAUGUCGAUAAGUACCCGUGGCAUGAAGUCUUUCCCAAUGUAACCCAUAAUGUGGGAGUUGUUAUUGCAAUAUGGACCCCAACCAUCUUGGUUUAUUUUAUGGAUGCUCAAAUUUGGUAUGCUAUAUUUUCUGCUCUUUUUGGUGUAAUUCAUGGAGGAUUAAGCCAUCUGGGUGAGAUACGGACACUUGGGAUGUUGAGGUCCAGAUUUGAAGCCAUUCGUUCAGCUCUCUGUGAUUGUCUUGUGCCAUCAUCAAAAGCAGAUAAAAAGAAAGAUACGGCUAAAGUAAAUGUUUCACUGGAUGAGCCUAUACAUCAGAAGAAUUUGGCAAAUUUUUCUAAGGUGUGGAAUAAAUUCAUAGAAUCCAUGCGAACAGAAGAUUUGCUUAGCAAUAAGGGAAGGGACUUGCUGCUCGUGCAAUGUUUUGCAGUAAAAGAAUCUGUUAUCGAGUGCCCAGCUUUUCUGCUUGCUAGUAAGAUUCCUAUUGCAAUAGACAUGGCAAAAGGUUUCAAAGGGAAUAAGGAUGCUGAGUUAUUUAAGAAGAUAAAGAUUGAUGCUUAUAUGCAUUCAGCAAUAAUUGAAUGUUAUGAGAUACUACGGCAAAUAUUAUGUGGUCUUCUGGAAGACGAAGCUGAUAGGAAGGUUGUGACACAGAUUUGUGAUGAAGUAGAUGUUAGUAUCCAGCGGCAGAGGUUUUUGAGUGAAUUUCGCAUGAGUGGGUUGCUUUCACUUAAUUACAAGUUGAAGGAGUUUCUAAAAUUCUUGCUGUCUACUAAUCUAAGUGAUGAGUUAUGCAAGUCUCAGUUAAUCAUUCUCCUCCAGGAUAUUAUGGAAAUUAUCACUCAGGAUAUUAUGGUUAAUGGCAGUGUAAUCCUUGAAAGUGCUCACUUAAACAGUCAACAUACUGAAUUUGACAAGAAAAGCCAGACAUUUGAAAAGAUAAAUAUCCAUGUUACAGAGAACAAAUCUUGGAUGGAGAAGGUUGGUAGGCUCUUUUUUCUUUUGACAGUCGAAUCUCCCAUAAAUAUGCCAAGAAAUUCGGAUGCUCACCGUCGUAUCACUUUCUUUGUGAACUCCCUGUUUAUGGAUAUGCCCAGUGCUCCAAAAGUUCGUGACAUGCUCUCCUUCAGUGUUUUGACUCCAUAUUAUAAAGAAGACGUUCUAUAUUCUGUUGAAGAACUAAGUAAGGAAAAUGUGGAUGGAAUCUCAAUUUUGUUCUACCUAAAGACAAUAUAUCCUGAUGAAUGGGCCAAUUUCCAGCAUCGUAUCAAUGAUCCAAAACUGAAUUAUCCUGAAGAAACCAAAAUGGAGUUUACUCGUCAGUGGGGAUCCUACAGAGGGCAGACACUUUCCAGAACAGUGAGAGGGAUGAUGUACUACAAGCAGGCUCUAGAACUGCAAUGCUUCCUGGAAAUUGCAGGAGACAGGGAAAUUCCUGGUGGCUACAAGACCUUGGAAUCAAGUGGGGAUGAUGAGAAGGCCUUUGCACAAGCUCUGGCAGAUAUGAAGUUCACUUAUGUUGUUUCCUGUCAGAUCUAUGGUGCUAUGAAAACUUCUGAUGAUGCAAGAGAUCAGAGCUGUUACAAUAACAUUCUGAAUCUCAUGGUAACGUAUCCAUCCCUGCGUGUUGCUUACAUAGAUGAAAGGGAGGAGAUUGUGAAUGGAAAAUUCCAGAAGCUUUAUUACUCUGUUCUUUUGAAGGGAAGCAGUAAGUUGGCUCAGGAGAUAUAUCGGAUUAAGCUUCCAGGACCUCCAACAGUAAUUGGUGAAGGAAAAGCCGAAAAUCAAAAUCAUGCCAUUAUUUUCACUCGUGGAGAAGCCCUACAGACCAUAGACAUGAAUCAGGAUAAUUACUUUGAGGAGGCUUUCAAGAUGAGAAAUGUAUUAGAGGAAUUCUUAGAUUCUUCAGGGCAGCAAAAACCUACGAUAUUGGGUCUAAGGGAGCAUAUUUUUACUGGAAGUGUUUCAUCACUUGCUUCCUUCACGUCCAAUCAGGAGACUAGUUUUUUGACUAUUGGCCAACGAACUUUGGCAAAUCUUUUGAGGUAA